UUGUUUAUUGUUUCAGUGUUUUUAUCAUAGCGUUUGCGAAUGGUGUAAAAGUGUUCGCUUGUGUGUGUUUUAUUACGUUUAAUAAUUAUUUUAAAUUUAUUAAAUUCAAACAUAAUGAAAAUUAAAGUAAAAUGGAAGUUCGAAUUGAUAUUUUUAUUAUUCAGUGUUCCUAGUAUAUUCGGUUUGUUUGUGCAAAGACAUUGCAGCCAUGUCCACCCUAAACCGCACGACGUUAUACACGACGUGCAUAUUGAACCAGCUCAUAUUAUGAAGAAAAGAAGUGUUAAUCAGUCGUUGAGGAUAUUACUGUAUUAUGACGAAAGCGUCUAUAGAUUAGACGAAGAGAAAUUUCUGUUGAUAAAUAACACCAUUUUACCUGAAGCUGUUCAGUUCUGGGAAAAAGCUUUAAUGGUUAGAAAGACUGAAAAUGUUAUUAGAUUAAAUAGGAAAUGCGUUAACAAUCAAGUCUUCUAUAGAAAAGGUGAUCCGCAUCCGUAUUGUAAAAAUGCCUGCGAAGAUGUGACCAUGUGUGGUGAAGUGAGGGUUCCAGAGGAGCAUUUAGCGGUGUGCAAAACUUGCAACGCUUCCGGUAUGGGAUGUAGUGUGGUUGGUUCUGAGAUGAGUCCUGGAAUUAAGGAUGCGGAUUUUGUCUUUUAUGUCAGCGCAUUGAAAACCGAAAGAUGUAAUAAAGGAUUAACUGUCGCGUAUGCUGCUCAUUGUCAACAGGAAUCAGCUCUAGAUAGACCGAUCGCCGGACAUGCUAAUCUAUGCCCAGAAAGUAUCAGCACAAAACCUCAAGAAUUGGAGAUACUUUUGUCGACGGUGAAACACGAAAUCUUACACGCACUAGGCUUCUCAGUCAGCUUGUUUGCUUUCUACAGAGAUAGCAAUGGUAAUCCGUUGACUCCUCGAGAAGAUAAUGGGAAGCCGCGAUUGAACGAAAAGCUGCAAACGCGCCAGUGGAGCGACAGAGUGAUCAAGACGAUCGUACGUAAGAACUGGACGGUACACGCAGAUGCGAUCGAAAAGGUCAUCCAAGUAAUGGUUACGCCACGAGUAGUACUGGAAGUAAGAAGACACUUCAAUUGUCCGCAAUUAGAAGGCGCCGAAUUGGAAGAUCAAGGCGAAGAUGGUACCGCGAUAACGCAUUGGGAAAAAAGAGUGUUCGAAAACGAAGCGAUGACCGGAACUCAUACUCAGAAUCCGGUGUAUUCGAGGCUUACUCUGGCUUUAAUGGAGGAUACAGGAUGGUACAAGGCGAAUUACUCCAUGGCUCAGGAUUUGAGCUGGGGUAAAGGGUUGGGAUGCGAUUUCGUUAUGAAGAGUUGUAAACAUUGGAUGGAUAUGAAGAGAGCCAAGGGUAUGUCGAUCCAUCCAUUCUGUGAUAAAGUGAAACAAGACCCGCUAGAAACCGAAUGCACCGAAGACCGGAGUUCGGUGGCAUUAUGUAAUCUAGUAGAGCAAGCCGAACCAUUACCUAACAUAUAUCAGAAUUUCGACUCGAUACCGCACGUGCUUGGGGGACGAGAGGCUUAUUAUGGUGGAUCAGUAAGCUUGGCUGAUUAUUGCCCUUAUAUCCAAGAGUUCACUUGGCGUUCAAAGAACGUCGUGAUUAGAGGAUCUCAUUGCCAAUAUGCUGAGAAUAAUCCUCAUCCGGACAAGAAUUUCGCUUUAGAAGUAUACGGCGAGAAUUCGAGAUGUUUCGACCAUACCGAUCAAAUGUGGGAAGAGCAGACGUGUAAUCAAAUUAGACAAUGGCAGCAUUGGGGGUCAGGAUGUUAUCGAUAUAGGUGUCAUACAGGACGUUUACACAUAUUGGUUGGCAAUUACUCGUACACGUGUUAUUUCCCGGGUCAAGAAUUAGUCAUUAGGAUUAUGUCCAAUGGAUGGCUUCAUAAAGGUGUCAUUUCGUGUCCAACGUGCGAAGAAAUAUGCCAGAACGAAUUCAACAGAACGGGCGAAUGGUGUAAAUCACCCACAAACGUACCACAGACUGCCAAAUAUCAAAGAGAUCAUCUCACAACAUGUGCAGCAUCAACAUUCCAACCAGUCUUGACAGUAUUUUCGAUUUUGUUAUAUUUUAUUUACUCCUCGUAAUCGACGAGAUUUCGAUAGUACAAUGUACCCUUCUACCUAUGUACUUACAAAAUCGUAGAUAAUGUUCCUGGUAAUGAAUUACGUUAAAUUGUAAACACAUUCGUUGUUCCUUAUUAAUUUUUUAAUAUUUUUAUUUCGUCGAAUUGUUUUUAUUAUUUUGUGUUACUGUUAUUAUGAUUUUUGUUAUACUACGUUGUUUUGUUUGAAAUUUUUUUUAAAUUUAAUUUUACCGCGUGUGCUUAGAAUAGCUUUUACGAGUGUUUCGCGUCGUGUGUGUGUAGAAUUCGUAGUUACUCGAAUAUACGGUGAGAAUACGUGUAAUGUUUUUUUUUUCUUUUUUGUUUUGUGUUAUUUAUUAAAGGCUGUGAUAUUAUAUAGGAUUUUCAAAUUAUAAAGUUGUAUUUUUUUUCUCUCAUUUUAUUUAUGAUUGUAUUACUCGUUCCCAAUUAAUAGUUGAAUUGCUCCAAUUGUUAGAUGAUAGCUUGUCUUGUAUUUUAAUAUUAUUUAUUUUUACCAUAUAUUUAUUAAGUUUAUAUUAUUCUGUUUUCGUCUGCAAAGAAAAAAAAAUUUAUUGUGAUUAAAUAAUACGGAUAACAAAAA